UCUCCUUGAGAAACUUGACCGUUGAGGUUCGAAUCUAAUCAACUAGUAGAACUGUAGAAGAAGAAGAAGAAGAGUUACCCGACCGUUGGACCGAAAUUUCAUACAUUGGGAAUAUAAAUAAAACAACUCAAACCCUUAACCCAUACGUUCACUUAUUCGAUCCUCAAGAGUUUCUUAGACGUAGCCAAGAGAGAGGCUUCGAUCAUUCUCUUGUUCAGCGACAUAUACGGCGAAGACAUUCUUAGCUGCUUCCAUUCUUAAUUAAUCUCUUAUUAUCUCCUUCUUCUUCUCUGUGAAUUUAUUGAUUCUAAUAAUGGCUGGUUGCACCAACUUCUUAUUCUUUACUUUGUUCUUACUAUUAUUGCAUGUUCCAAUAUUGCAGGUUACGGGCCAUCAUCACUGGAUUGGACCAGUGGGGCACCGUUUGAUCAUAGUGGACGCACGUGGUACCGGAGAUUUCCUCUCCGUUCAAGCUGCCGUUGAUUCUGUCCCUGAGAACAACAGAGAGAAUGUCCUAAUUCAGAUUAGAGCUGGGUACUACAUAGAGAAGGUAGUGGUGCCGGCGAAGAAACCAUACAUAACAUUUGAAGGGGAGGGGAAGGAAGUGACAGUGAUUGAAUGGCACGAUAGGGCAGGAGACCGUGGAGCUAAUGGUCAACAGUUGCGGACUUAUAAUUCUGCUUCAAUUUCUGUCUUCGCCAACCACUUCUCUGCUAGAAACAUUAGCUUCAAGAACACAGCACCGGCACCGUUGCCGGGGAUGGAAGGAUGGCAAGCGGUGGCAUUCCGUAUCUCCGGAGACAAGGCUUACUUCUCUGGUUGUGGAUUCUACGGUGCACAAGACACACUUUGCGACGACGCUGGGCGCCAUUACUUUAAGGAGUGCUACAUCGAAGGCUCUAUCGACUUCAUCUUCGGCAAUGGUCGAUCCAUGUACAAAGAUUGUGAGAUACAUUCAAUAGCGACGAGAUUCGGAUCCAUAGCGGCUCAAGAUAGGAAUUCGCCAGAAGAAAAAACCGGGUUCGCUUUCGUGGGUUGCAGGGUGACGGGAACUGGCCCUCUCUACGUGGGCCGUGCAAUGGGCCAGUACUCCAGGAUCGUCUUCUCCUACACUUACUUUGACAACAUCGUUGCCCAUGGUGGCUGGGAUGAGUGGAAUGACAACACCACUAGCAGCAAGACCAAGACAGUGUUCUUCGGAGUGUACAAGUGCUGGGGUCCUGGAGUUGAAGCAGUGCGUGGGGUAUCUUGGGCUAAAGAGCUUGAUUACAAGUUGGCACAUCCAUUCCUUGCCAAGAGCUUUGUCAAUGGAAGGCACUGGAUUGCACCCACUGAUGCUUAGCCACACUCAUCUUUCUUCUGUUCUUCCCCUCCCUCCCCACCCCCACCCCCACCCCCACCCCCACCCCCAAAAAGAAAAAAAAUUCUUUCUUUCAAUAUAAAUAAAACUGCAUUCAUCUGUAAAGCAUUUCUCAUUUGUAAACUGCAUCAAAUUCUUCUUCCCUGUACUCACUUGUCAAUUUUUGUUUUCCAUCUGUAAUUGUGUAUUCAUUAUUAAAGUAAUUUUUAUUUUUGGUUUA